UGUUGCCGGCAAGUGGCUUCCGGUUGGCCCUGGACGUUGGCUUCCCGGUCUGUGGUGACCAACCCGCGUCAGUUUCACACCAGACCCGGUAGCAGCUGCGCUGACGUGGAUCCCGGAAGUUGGGGGUGGGCUUGGCGCAGGGCCGUCAUGUUGUCGCAGGACAGCAAUGAUGACACUGAAGAUGUCUCGCUGUUUGAUGCAGAAGAGGAGACAACCAAUAGACCAAGAAAAUCCAAAAUCAGACACCCAGUGGCAUCCUUCUUCCAUCUGUUCUUUCGCGUCAGUGCGGUUGUGGUCUACCUCCUCUGCGAGCUGCUCAGCAGCAGCUUUAUUGCCUGUAUGGUGACGAUUAUCUUGUUGCUGUCAUGUGACUUUUGGGCAGUGAAGAAUGUCACUGGUAGACUGUUGGUUGGCCUACGUUGGUGGAAUCAUAUUGAUGAGGAUGGGAAGAGCCACUGGGUGUUUGAGUCCAGAAAGUCAACUCCUCAAGACAACAAGACUAUUUCUGAGGCUGAGUCAAGAAUCUUUUGGUUAGGACUCAUCGCCUGUCCAAUCCUGUGGGUGAUCUUUGCCUUUAGUGCGCUCUUCUCCUUCAGAGUGAAGUGGCUGGCUGUGGUGAUCAUGGGUGUGGUGCUGCAAGGUGCCAACCUGUAUGGGUAUAUCCGGUGUAAAGUGGGCAGUAAGAAGAACUUAACCAGCAUGGCGACCUCAUAUCUUGGAAAGCAGUUCCUAAGACAAAAUACUGCGGAUGCUCAGACUUCUUCAUGAGUGAAGAUGGAGCCUAUGUGCCAUGGACUCUGGGGACAACAGAAAGGAUUCCUGACGUUCAGAGCUCAACCUGUGCUGCAGAGUGGGGUGUUUUGUUAACUUUGUCAUUUAAAAGUGUAAUUUAAAAGGAGACCUUGUUUCAUCUUAAACCAAAUGGGGUUAGAAAGUAUGGUGUUCCUGAAGACAGUCAGAGUUUGCUGGUGGUGUAUGUGUGUAUAGACAGUCCUGUGUCUGCAACAUGUCUCAAGUUGGUAUGUCCUCCACCUGAUGGAUCUUUUAGAUCUAGAGAAUGUAGGAAGAGGCUUCCAGUUUGUUUCGUCUCUGUACUUGCAGAAUAUUUCUCUGAGGUAGGUUUUGACUCAGAGUAAGGGUGAACAUGCUUAUGUAUGACUUAGAAACAGUCAUUAAUUUUAAUGUGCUCUUUAUGGCAAACUUUCUUAUCUUAGACGUAUACAAACAAGUAAAAUCUAAAUUAAGAUGGUUGUGUUAACUGAUUUUUAAAUUUUGUUUUUACUUGGUAAUAAGUCAUUUACUUAAGGUCCAUUUGACAUAUGUGGAUAUUUGCAGUUAUGUGUGGACACCCAGGGGUUGCUACUGCUUCUGUGUUUCUUUUGUGGCCAUAAGUCACUCUGGAAUUGUCUAAAAUCUCUUAGUGGUCAUUGGGUUAAUGAAAUAUUACCUUUUAGUAAGAAUAUUAUUCUUAUGUAAUAAUGGGAGUAAUUGUUUAUAUACUUGGCAUAAUAAAUGCCUAUGAAACAUUG